UUGGUAUACAUUGUGCAUUGUACUCUACUGAAUAGGAGCAAUGACCCGUGAUCUCAGUGCUUAUAAAAGGUCUGAUCGCUGUGCACUGACUGUGAAAGAGAUUUAUGCUUAGCUUUUAAUCAUCUACACUUAUUUAUUUCGUGCGCAAAAGAGUUAGUGACCUCAACGCAGAACUCAUUUCUGACAUGCUUUUUUUCUUAUUGGCAGUGUUCGCUUAAAGGGAUUGAUUCGUUUUCUGCCAAACUGGAUUCAAUAUUUUAGAUUUAUCGCAGUCAGUAUUUUAAAUGUGUUUAGUUUUCUUAUAGGAUUCCUGUGGAUUAUUAUUACACAUAUUCAUUCGGAGUUUCUAAUGGAUAUCGUUGUUCCAGUCAAUUAAACUAAAAGGAUUACAGCGCCACCUGCCAGGCGCAAACAACCAUGGGAGCACUAAAUCAAUUUUGGCUGCUCUUGUGGAAAAAUGUGAUUUUUCGGACACGUUAUCCGGCUGUUGUGUUAGUAGAAUUACUAUGGCCUGUACUUAUUAUUGGUUUGGUCUCUAUAAUGAGGUCUGGCAUACCUCCAGUCAAGUACAAAGAUUGCCACUAUCAAGGGCGUUCUAUGGUCAGUGAAGGUGUUGUGCCAUUUCUUCAAUCAUUUGUUUGUAAUUUAGACAAUCAUUGUUUUACCAAAGAGGAAAUGUUACGAGAGGCGGAACAAAAUUCUAGAAGUUUUUCUGCUUUAACUCAAGAGCUCAGUCCUAUAUUUGGAUCUAAUGACACCUUGAACAUUCUAACCAUGAGUAAUAAAAGCACUGGGGUGUUUAAAUCUAUCAAGAAAAUGAUCAAAGACAAGAAACUUCUAACUGGUCUAGAAAGAAUAACAUAUAUUAAUUCUUACUUCCGUGACGAGUCCAAAGUGAAAGAUAUACUUGUGAAUCAAUUCCAUAUUCUUUCCAAAGAAGAAGCAGAUGCUCUUUUCAAUUCAAAAAUCAAUGUUGCUAAGUUGCUGAAUUUGACAGGUUAUCCCGAACUUAAAUCUAUAGCCUGCAAUCCUAACCAACUUGAGUCCUACAUUUUGUUCCCUCCUGACUCAGACGUUAAGACUAUAUCUGCAUCCCUGUGUGCCUUGAAUGAAUCAAAUAUUUCAAGUCUCUCUAACAAGAUCAUAGAACAGUUGAACAUAUCAGCCAUCUUAAGAGCUAUAAAACUAAUUGAACAAGUGAAAGAAACCUUCGAUACUAAUACAAUUUUAAGUAUCGUUUUUGAGGAUGUAGCACAAUUGUUUGAUAUUAUAAUGAACUCUGAAUCUGUUAUAGAAGUUAUAGGGAACUUUGCAGGGAUACCGCACAUUGAAGAUCUUAUAAGAAAAAUACCUUUCUGGAUUAAAAGUUUCAACAAUUUCAAUGAUGCUAUGGUUACUGUUAGGGACAUAGUAUCAAGCAUACAGCCUCUAAUGGUUAGUCUUAAGCUUGAAAACACAACCGCUUGGUUAGCUGUGAAAAAUGUGGUGACUAUGGGAGUAAAUAUUGUGGAGCUGAGUGAAGGAAGAUGGAAUCGCUCCUCAGAGGAAUUUGUAAAGCCUAUCACGGAUCUUGUAAAUAAUAUUGAAAACUUGUCCAAAGAAAAUACUGGCAAAAUAGCAAUGGCUGUGCUAGAAUUUGCUUCAAAAAUAGACUGGAUUGCAGUCUAUGAUGAAAUUACAAAAACAAGAACACUUUCAUCAAGAACAAUCAUUAGUAUGACAGAAGCUUUCCAAGACAUGAUGGAAAAACUGCCUUGCUGGCCAGUGGUGAAGAAAAUUGCCAUUGUUUUGAGCCAUGGAGUAGACAUAGUGACUAUUGUUACUGAAAAGUCUAUAGAACUAAGGCAAGCUAUGAAACAUUUAUUUGAUACUAAUGAAGUACUUGUCAAAGAUUUGAACAAGAUAUUUGAGUACGGACCAAAAGUGGUAAAGGCUCUACUAGAAGGACUUUUAGAUCACAAUCUUCUAUCAGACUUGAUUCUACACAGCACCAGCUACAAGUCAGUGUGUGAGAGAAUUACAGCUCAACUAGAAAACAACACAGACAUUAAGAAUGUUUCCAAAGACAUUCAUGACAUUUUAUGUGCAGACACAGUUACUAAUGCCUUUGUGACAUUAACUGACAAGCUGAAACUGACAGAACUUAGAGAUGUGAUCAAUGACACAGUGAAUGAUAUAACACUUCUGUACAAGGGAGAAUUAUUUGACAGGCCUGUGAACUUGACUAAGACUUAUCUUGAAGUAGAUAAGUUUGUGAAUGACCUGGAGAAAUAUCGCAAUGACUCAUGGAAAGACAUUUUCUCUAGUUUUAAUGUAAAAUCUUUCAACUUCCACCAAGAGUCUUGGGACAUAGUUACUGACAUGCUGAAUACAGACUUUUUGACUCAAGGAUUAUUCAGUGCAUACAAAGCUUUUGGAGAAGUUCUGGCUAACUCUGAAUUUGCAGAUGAUGCUGCACCAUAUGUGAACAUGGUCAGCCGAUUAGUCAGCCUGGGCUACAAUACAAUGGUGGACAUCACUGAAGUGCACCCAACUGAUCUUCCUUUUUUAAAAGCUUUGGAUUUAUUAGCAUCAUACAUGCCAGAGUUAGUCAAGGGCAUAAAUGACUUAUGGAAGUAUAAUAUCAAUGAUAUCUACAAUCUGAUUUCUGCAAAAGAUUCUUUCUCAAGAUUUUGUGCCGGUGAUUUCAUGGCUAAGCUAAACCUGCCUGCCUAUGUUCCUGUAGAUAAUAUAACAAGAUUGAUUUGUGACACUAACUGGACUGUGGCUGUCAAGCAAGUCUCAAAGCCAUUCAAUAACCUAAUUAGCAGAAUUUAUCAGCUAAAAGAUACAUUUACCAUACAACCUGCUGGAAGUUACAACCUAGAGACUGAUUGGCUUGUUAUACUAGACAUUGCUGACAAACUCAAGGACAGAUUCAGUUCAGAUCAUAUAAAGGAGUUUGAUUUCACUAUGGGUUUUAAAAUUUACUUUGAACACUUGAACUUUACAAGACUUGGCUCUGGGUUUGAUGCUUUGUUUCAAGAGCUGCGUCAUAUAAAUACUGGAGAUAUAGAGAAGUUAACUAAUGUAACAUUCAAAGUCUUAGAAAAACUUGAUAGCUUAUACUCUUAUGACUACAUGUGGAAAGAAGUGAAAAAGAUUAUUUGGCUAUUGGACGCCUAUCUGGAUGUACAGAUUAAUAUGACUCAAGAAUUUGAAAAUGCUAAAACCUUGGAAGAUUUCAUCAAGCUGUACCCUCCAGUAAUUAGGAAUGCUGUCAAUCUUUUAGCCAAAGCUUAUCCUGAGUUUGUGUCAGCUCUAAGAAAUAUAUUAUUGGAUCCAUCUAAGCUUAUUGAUAAAUUCUUGACAGAUGGCUUUCAAGCCCCUGAUUGUAAAUCAUACUUUGUGACAGAUUAUAUGUUAGUCACUUCUCAAAGCCCUUUGUAUGCUUUUGAAAAAUAUUUCUGUGAUUUAGAUUAUCAGCAACUUUUGAAUAAUGUGAAUGACUAUCAACCAUCAGUCAAAAUAUUUUCAGAAAAGUUGGUACAGGUGAUUAAUGGUAGCGCCAAUGUUGUGUCUGUUGACUGGAAUCAGUUGUCUGCAAAAGCUGAUAUCUGUAUAGAGCAACUCAGCUCCAUCGCAGACUCUCCUAUCUUUACUAACAGUGGUUUUGACUACUUUCCUUUCAACCUGACAGCCAUCAACUUAAGCUGGGAAGAGUUUUAUAAAGCAGCUAAAACUUUGGAACACUUUGAUGUGAACAAAUUUCAAUCUAUAGCGCUCAAAGUCCAAGAACUGGCCCUAAAACUGAUGACCAAUGGAACAAAUUCUGACCUGACAUUUGGCAUACAUUCAUAUAUGUUUGUAACACACCAGUUUCUUCAGCUGGCUAAUACUGAAUUGGCCUAUUUUAAUGCUUCAUCAGAGGUGGUCAUAUCUCAAUAUCUGUGGUCAAAUGAGCUGAAUAAAUUAAUAGAACUCAUGGUCAAAAGUCCAGACAUCAAUGCCAUAGUGGCUGCAACGGUCCAGUGUCUUCUUAUUUCUCCAGGAGAUAUCAUUGUACCAUCCAACUUUGAGGACCUUUGCUCAGAUGUAACACUCUUCAGUAAGGUAUUUGCUGUUGAAGCUACCACACUCUCACCAAAAGUCAUUCAGUCAACAGUUUGUAAUCUCAACCUGAACUUUUCCCUGAUGCUAGAUCAGAUUGAAAACAACAAACCAAGUGUCAAGCUGUUUGUUGAUGCUAUGAAACUUCUGUCCUCCAGCAAUGUAACUGAGCAAGAUCUUGAGGUCAAUGUCAAUUCCAUCAGCAGAGACUAUGAAACUCUGAGCAGUUUAAUACAAGACAUUGUAGCAGACCCACCCAACAUUAAGCUGACACCAAACCAAGACUGGAUGAAUUUGACUCUAUACACUCAGUCUUGGGACAAAUUUGUUCAGAAACUGGAUGUCUUGAAAGCUGAUUUACAGGAUAAUAACAAACUUUUGGAUUGGGAAUCUUCUCUUCUAAAAUUGCUGCUGACUUCAUUAGAAAAAUUUCCAGCCACAAAGCCUGCUCUGAAAUACAUUGAUGAGAUACUCAGCUUACUAGAGAAACAGUUGGAUCUUAAUGAAGAAGGAACCAAUGUCUUGCUUAACUACACAAAUGUCAACCGAGUUCUUAAUUUGAUUAGAUCUGCCCCUGAAGCUAUUCAGACAAUCUUGUACACAGUUUUAAUGGACCCAAUCAAGACUACAAAAUGGGCAGAUGCUUUUCAAUCAUGGAAUACUUUCUGUAGCACAUCAGCAAAUGAAAUACUUACCGUUCCACCCAGCUUGGACUUUAGCAUGUCAGAUUUCCUGCAUGAAAUGUGUAGAAUUGAUGUGGAAGAUUUAGUCCAAGAACUAAAGAAGUAUGAAGGAGUUGAUAAACUACAGCUUCUGUUUGAGAAUCCUGAUGCUAUCAGUGAUGUGAAUGUCACAGUUCUACUUGGAAGAGCUCAUUCAUACUUACAAAAUUUCAUGGACUACAUCAAAGAUGGGCCAAAGUCUAAUGACAAAACAUUUGGCAGACUAGUAAAUGAAACACUUUGGGUUGAAGUUGGAGAUCGUAUCAAACAGUGGUCCCAUUCAUUUGAAAAAACAUAUUUAACUCCAGAUAAAAUUGCUGGCAUUGUUUUAGAAAUAGUGGAUAUUGUCUUUGGAAAGACACCUCAAGACUACAAAGAUAUGUAUAGAAAAGUUGUAGGUGUUACUGACAUAAUUUUGGGACAAGUAUUAAAGAUCUUAAAUACCACUACAUUGAGCGAGGCUUUCUCUGACCUACCAAGACUGAAAACAUUAGUUAAUUUAGUUGAAGAUUUACCUGAGCUGUAUGAAGCAGCGCUUUAUACCAGUAUAUACCACCCUGAAAAGAUUACAUCUAAACUCUCCAACUUCAAGUCCUUUGAGUAUUUCUGUAGUGAUAACCCAGAGGAUUUAUUUAGUUCUGCACCUAACUCUUCUUUUGAUAUGAAGCAUUGGUUUCAACAGUUGUGUUCUGUCAACUUCACACUUUUGGUGGAAGAUCUUUGCAAUUACACUGUUGCUAAGGAUAUUGAAAGAAUAAUUAACAGCCCAUACACAGGAACAAUCAACAUCUCAGCACUCAUUGACAAAAUGGAGAAAAUUGUUAGCAGAUUUGAUCAUGGCUUCAAUAUUACAGAGCGUAUAUUCAAAGCAGAUGUUUGGACUCAAUCUGUGGAUCACAUCAAUAAAUGGAUAUGGCCAUUCAACUCUGCUAAUGAAUUUCUUCAAGACAUGCCUAAUCGCUGGAUGAAGGCAGUAUUAGCUUACUUUGAUACCUCACCUAAUCUAAGCAACAUAUUGGGAUACAUCGAUGCAGUCUUAGACUUUGUAAUGCAUCAGGUGGUAGAAGUCAAAGAUGGCAUGAAAGGUCUACAAAAUUAUACUAAUGGCAAACUUUUGGUUGAAAUGAUUAGCUCAGCACCAGAUGUUGUUCAAACCGUGCUGUAUACUGUCAUGACUGAACCCAUUAAGUCUGCCAGAUGGGGUGUAGUCUUUCAAUCCUGGUCUGUUUUCUGCAAUACUGAUGCAGAUGAGAUCAUGACAGUGCCCCCUGGUGUGAACUUUAACAUGUCUGAUUUCUUAUGGAAAGUGUGCAAUAUUGACUUUGUUGAGUUGGGCAAAGAAGUGUCUCAGAACAAUGGUGCAGACAAGUUAACAGAACUGAUUUCAGGGAACAUCUCCUCUGGUUACAGAAACACUUCCCUAGUCUUGACCAAGUUUGACAAGAUCAUCACCAUGGUUACUGAUAUCACCACCUAUGGUGUAGAAGCUGAUGUAUUCACUCAGCUGAUCAACAUUACAUUAUGGGAAGAAGUAGGCAACCGGGUCAAACUAUGGUCUAAGUCUUCUGAAAAGAUAUAUAGUGACCCAGAUAACUUAGUUGGACUGACUUUGGAGAUGUUGGAUGCUGUCUUUGGCAGAAUGGGAAAACAGAUUGAAAUGGCCUUUGAUAAAGUUGUUGGAAUAACAGAUCUUGUCCUGGGACAAGUGAUUGAUAUUUUAAACAGUACAUCUCUGAAAGAUGCACUUAAAGACCUUCCGAGCUUACAGACACUGGCUGAACUGCUCCAGAAUGCACCAGAACUAUUUGAAACAGCCUUAUACACCUGUAUAUACCAACCCGAAAAGAUCACUGCCAAGGCUUCUGAUUUGACUUCUUUAGAAACAUUCUGUUUAAACAAUCCUCAAGAUAUAUUUGUCCUGGCCCCUAACUCUUCCUUGGACCUUAAGACUUGGUUCACACGCUUCUGUUCUCUCAACAUCACCAAAGUGGUCGAAGAGCUGGAGAAUUACAAAGUUACUAAAGAAAUCAACAACAUUAUUAAUGCUUCCUCUGCCCAGCCUGUAAAGAUGUCCUCUGUGAUAGACAAGAUGGAGACUGUCAUAGCUAAGUUCAAUGCUGGCCUAAGUGUAAAGGAUCGUGUUUUCAAUCCAGACAUUUGGAAGGGAGUUCUAGACCAUGUAAACACCUGGAUAUGGCCAUAUAAUAAUGUUAUUGAUUUUAUGAAAGAUGUACCGCAGCGAGCUAUGAAAGCUGUAUUGGCCUACUUUGAACACAUGCCAGGCUCUUCAAAAGCUGUUCAGUACAUAGAUGCUAUUCUAGACAUAGUAGGCAAUAGGAUUGAACUAGCACAUGUGAACUUGCCUGAAGCUUUCCAAGAGUUUCCCACACUGAGAACCAUUCUAGAACUUGUGCAGGAGUCUCCAGAAAUCAUAGAGACUGUUGUUUAUACUGUAUUAACACAACCUGUACAAACCGCCAGAUGGGUCAAUGCCUUCCAGUCAUUCUCCACAUUCUGUAGUACCAAGGCCACUGAUCUUCUCACUACUGCUCCAGGCUCUGACUUAGACGUUAAUGUUUUACUCAGAAAAAUCUGUAGCAUUCAAAUUGAAAACAUUGGCUCUGAGUUUACUUCCUAUCAAGGAUUUAACAGAAUCAGGAACAUUGAAUCUGGCAACACAACCUACACCCUAAAUGUCUCAACACUACUAAACAAGUCUGACCAAGUGUUCAAGUCACUCAGCUACUACUAUGACCAUCCACUAAGUCUUGCCACAUUCAACUUAGCAGUGUUCAAUGAAACUGUAUGGAAGGACAUGGGUGUCAGAAUUCAGAAUUGGUCCAAGUCGACAUCCAACAUUUAUCUAAAUGCCAACAUAAUCUCUCAGAUGUUUGAACUGAUCUUUGGUUCUCUGAUUGAUAUGAGCCCAGAGUUAAAAGAUGCUUAUGACAAGGCUGUUUCCAUCACCAGUAUACUUGUUGAUGAAGUUUCGAUCAUCAUCAAUGCAUCAUCCCUCACUGAGGCCUAUCACAAUGUAACAGUGAUACGUCAUCUUAUCAAUCUAGCCAAUCAGGCUCCAGACCUUCUUGAAACUCUUCUUUACACCAGCAUGUAUCAUCCUGAAAAGGUUGCCAGAAGGGCUUUGUCUUUAGUUUCAUUUGACAAGUUCUGCAGUGUGGAUCCACUUGAAAUAUUCACUCUACCUCCAGGGUCAAACUUCAACUUGCAAAAUUGGAUACAUGAACUUUGUAGUUUAAAUUUUUCAACAAUUGAAUCAGAGUUGGCAAAUUAUACAACAGUCCAAGCAAUAGAAAAUAUUGUCAAUGGAGUUUCUCACACUAAUGUGAGUUUAACAUCAGUAGUGGACAGAAUGGAGAAAAUCAUUCAAAAACUGCAACAAGAUUUCAAGUUUGACGAGCGCCUUUGGAACGGAACACUCUGGACUCGAGUCAUCAGCAGACUUGAAAGUUGGAUAAAAGAUUAUACAAUAUAUGACAGCCCUCUAAUGAAUUUCGAUGGCAUCUUUCAACUUAUUGAACAACUGAUUGAUUCGGGUCCUGGAGUAGAAGCAGAGCUGAAACCUAUUUUAUACGUUGGUGUCAUUCUAGACAACUUACUAGACACAGUGUUAACUUUAGAGAAUAAGACACAUUUUGGUGCUGUAGACAUUGUAAAUGGUUGGACUGCUAUGCAGAAAUUAAUCAACAUAGUCCAAAUGCCUGGUGUAUUGGAUGUUAUAUUCUCCUCAGCUACAUCAGAACAUUUCCUGUCCCUGUUUAUCAACACAUCUACUAUCAAUGACUUCUGCAAUGCCAGCACUCCAGUGACUAAAUACUUAGUACAACCAGCAAAUGUUUAUGUUGACCUUCAGCUACUCAAAGCGAAAAUUUGUGACAUUGACUUUAAAAACUUUAUGGGCACUUUUGACAAUUUCUUUGAUACUAAGAAACUGGAGAGAGUGAUUCAUGAUACAGAAAAGUUGAACUGGACUCAACUUGAGCUGAAAGUAAAGCAUGUCACACAUUUGAUCAUUGACCAGUGGAUGGUCAGCACACCUAAAUUUGAUUUACCAGAACAUUUAACCAAUGUUACUUACUGGACCAGUCUUUUUGAAAAUAGCAUGACUUCUCUGGCAGACAGACUUCAAAUGAAAGAUCAGAUUGAAAAUAUUAUACAUCAGUUAAGUCCUUUGUUAAAGAUGGAAGGUUUGAAAGAGACAGGUAUAGUCUUGAACACAGUUCUGGAUAUUCUCAAUGAAAACAUUAAGGCUAUGACAGGCUCAACUUUUACCUUGGGAAAUGCCAUUGACACUAUUCCAGCCCUCAAUGACAUCUUUGUUGCCUUGGGUGUGGACUACAACACCAUGGAAUCCCUUUUGUUAGCGCCAAUUCAGAACCUCACCAAGUUUGUGGAACUCUUCUUAUCUAAAGAUAUAAAAGGUGACUUUUGUUCAGAAGCUAAGUGGAAACAAGUUUUCUACCUCCCUGACUCAUUUAACACAUCAGGCCUCUACCUGUCUGUCUGUAAUGAGAAUUUGACCCCACUACUGAAUAAACUCAAACAAGUGUAUAACAUCCAGUCCAUGUUGGAUGCAUUACAUGAUAACAGAUCACACAUACAGGACUGGGACCUGGCAGUGGACAAAGUUUUCACCCUGGUAGACAACAUGAAGAAUCUGUUGAACAAUCCACCCAAGGUCAGUGAAGAUGAAACCCUGGAGCUGCUGAGACGCUCUUACACCAAUACCUCUAAUCUCUGGGACAUGUUGAAGGCUCUCAGUGCCCUGCAUCAGGCUUUCAUCAAUGACUCUGCCUACACUGGACCUUUUGAGGGUGUUUUUAGGGUGGCUAACGUUCUUGUCACCUACCUUGAUGAAAUGGUGGCCAGGGUCAAAGUUCAAAGUGGAAGGCUAGACUUGGUGUCUCUGUUUAAAGAGUCCCCAGAAUUUGUAAAUGUUGUUAAUAAGUUUUUGGACAUGAAACCAGACCCUCUGACUGGCUUGUUCUCAGUGCAGCUUAGACCAACAGCUGUGGAUAAAUUCAUUAACAUAGUUCAAAGCAGUUCAGAGUUGAAGCAGCUGACAUGUAGUCGAUCCAAAUUCCUUGAAAUAUUUGAAGUGCGAUCUGACAUUGCUGACAUACAGUCUUUGUUGACUGCACUGUGUAAUCUUGAUUAUGACUCCAUUGCAGAGAAGUUAAAAGCAACAUUCCAUGUUAAUACCAUUGGAAAUGAUGUCACGAGUGCUUGGAGUUCCAAAGAUUCAUUUGAUGUUGAGAAUUUUAUCACCAAGAUGCAGGACCUGAUUGAUAGAAUAACUAAUCUUACAAAAGUAAACUAUGUCUACUUUGGUGAGCAUGACCUUGGAAAUGUCUUGAUGAUCAAUGCAACACGUCUGCUGGAAGAGCUGAAAGCUCAGUACAGCAAUAUCAGCAGCAUUUUUACGGAGGAAUAUAUUUCAUUAUCAGCAUCAUUGCUGAAUAGUCUGUUGAAAAGAUUCAACAAUGUGACAGACAUGAAGACCAUGACACUAAGUCUACAAUUUGCUCAAGCGUACCUACACAGUUUGAACACAUUUCUCACAUCAUUGAAGGAUCAACCCAUUUCUUUAGUGACAUUACUGAACAACACAGAAAUUGGUCGAAUCCUCAACCCUAUAUUGACAGAUCCACAUGCACUGGAUGGCUUGGUGAAUGCUACAGUCAAUGCUAGAGAACUAAGUAACUUGCUUCAGCAACCAGAUUCUUCUCAACUACUUUGUACUGAUCAACUCUGGAAAGCCAUUCAAAUAACAGGUGAGACCCAGCCUUUUAGAACACUGCAAGAGAAAGCAUGCUCCACCAAUCAGACUCUGCUACUGUGGCAAACUGUAAUGCUACAAGCCAAUGGUUACAACUUGUACAAGCAGAUUGAUGUUCUAAAACAAGAAAUAGAUCAAGGUCAGAGUAGCCUGAAUGCGUCUGCUGUGGCCACUGAAAUGAAGGAGUUUGUCUCACUGAUGGAUACCAUUAUCAAGCAAUAUAAAAAUGGAUCAAGGUCAAUAAAUGACCUACUUGAUGUCAAAGGUUUCCAGGAAGUGCUAAAUGAAGUACAAAGAACUAUAGCACAAAAACUUAUGAACUCUGCUAAAAAUUGGUCUGUGGACAUAGCUGAUCUGAUGCUGCCACAAGUCAUGGAUCCUAAAUCUUUAUUAAGUGUGGCCAAGACUGUCAAUUCUGUGAAUCUGUUCAUGAAUCUCUUCAUAGACAAGCUGCAGGGGAUUAGAAAUGGCACAAUCAGCACAACCACAUUGUUCUCCAAUGCUGAUACCUUAGCCAAUAUUAUCAAUGCUUACAUCAGUGUCGGAAGAAAUAUUGCUCAAGCCUGGCUUAACAAUGAAUUUAACCUCUCUAAAACACUAUCACUUUUUGUGAACUCAACAUCAAGUCUAGAAUCAUUGUGUAAACAACCUGAUGGACUAUCAAAACUUAUCACAGAUAAUGUAAUACCAUCUCAAACAGUGAAAGACUUCUCAACUGUAGUCUGUUCUGUUGUAACAGAAUCCUUGCAAAAUAAUGUUUUAACAUUUAUUCAGAAAGAUUACAUUGCUAAGCAGCUGGAUGCUAUUUGGACUGCUCAGCAACUUUCACCCAAUUUUACUGAGUUCUCUAGUAAUGUUGAAGAGUUUACAACUAUAAUUAAAGAACUGGCCAGCAAAUCUCUAACCAUUAGUUCUAAUCUUUCCAAGAAUUUCACGUUUACCUCCAUUUUGGAUGUAUUGAAAGGACUAGCCUCUGAUCCAAAACUGAUAUUCCGAAUGCUAAAGUUACUGGGUAUCGUUGUUGAAGCUCCUCUACACAAAGAUCAGAAUGUGGUUCAGGUUUUGGCUGAUAUAAACACAUUUGCAAUUAUGCCAUUUGUUGAUGUACUUCAGGCAUUGCAAGCCAAAGGUAUAACACUGCAGACAUUGAACAGCAGCCCUGAGACUAUGUUGGAUGUUCUGUCCACCUUUCUGGAUUUUGAUGUCCACUAUUCUGUCAUGGAAACUGUAUUUUUAAAAUCUCAAUUGAAUUAUUUCAUCUCUGUAAGAGAUCGUCAGAGCAUGUGUAAUAGUAGCAGUUACAUCUCCUACCUUUCAACUGUAGGACUGGAUCAGGUGGAGCUGCCCAUACCAUGGAGAAACAUCUUCAGUGGCCUAUGUUCCUCUGCACCCAAUGCUGACACCAUGCUUCAGUCUUUGAAAGAUAUGAAACUCACCAAAGUCCAGAUUGCUGUGGUUCUAGACAAAAUGUUUCCUAUCAGUCAAAUUGAGGACUUGCCAAACAUGUAUGAUCAUAAUUUUGGUUGGAUUAACUUAAUGUCAAGUCUUGAGCAACUUUCUGAUCUGGUGACUCAGGCAAAGAUGGACCAGUCCAAUGUGAACAGCAUGAAAUCUGCAUGGGAGAAUGUCCGAGAUAUUGUCUUUGACAAGUCAUUGAAGAGUGUACUUUCCUAUCUAAACCUGAUUGAGAAUAAAGUUCACUUUGAUGAUGGUUGGAUUAGGUUCAAACAGUUUUUGAGAUUUUUUUCAUCCACUUUGAAUUUGAUAGAUGGCAGUAUGGCCAAAUUUGCCAACGGAAAAGUGAUAGAACUCAAAGAUAUAUUACCAAGUUCAGACAGAGUGGCAGACCUUAUUGAGACUGUGUUUGGUGGAGAUGCUGCUGAACUUCUCACAACUAGUGUCAACCCUGACAUGUUCUAUCGACUGACUAUAAGAGAUGAAUGGGAUAAUGUCUGCAAAGUGAACACUACAUUGGAUUACUACUUUCAUUUCCCAUCUGGCACUAAUGUCACUGCAGUCAAACAGAAUCUUUGCAAAGCAGUAUUAAGCAGAAGCUCAAGUUUCCAAGAGUUGUUGUCCUUGUUUGAUGCUCAAGACAUGGUCAAACAACUUGACAUGUUGAUUCAUAAUGAGUAUGAUGCCACUGGUCACAAUGACACUGUCUGGGAUGCCUUCUAUACAUCAGUUAUGAGCAUCAUACACACAGCAGAGAGUCUCCAGAGCUUGGAGCUUGACUUCUCUACCCUGGAUGGAUGGUUCACACCCAUUAUCAACAAGCUUCAUUCAUUCUUGCAGUUUGAAAAUUAUAGGUUGACAGGCAUGUGCAACUCUGUCAUCAGAUAUUUAAAUCAUACUGAAGGAUUUGAAAAAGCCAGAAAACCUUUGUCAUUGGUCAUCACUGGAAUAAACCUUUUAACUGACCUCACCAAACUUCUGCCUGAACUUGACGACCUGGCCUGCAUAUUAGUAGAUAAACCUGGAAUUGAUGUUGUGGGGCUAAUGAAUAGGCUCAUCAAGUUAGGCAUAUGGGAAGAUUUACAAAAGGCUAUUGAUCAGUUUUUUGAGCCACCUUCAACUACAGACUGUCCAAAUCUUGUACUAGAUUUAUCCAAAUUAAUGGAAAGGCUGAAUGCUACCUUGAGAAGUGAUGGCCUAGAGGUUGACAAGAUGACCCAGUGCCUAGAUACUGCUGGUGAACAUUUCAGGACCAUGUUAGGUUCAUUCACUAACACCACACUGUUUCUGCGAGACAUAUUAGGUUUACUUCAAAUGCAAGAACUACAGAAAAUUUUAAAGGAUCCUAAUGUGACACCAAUGUUGGAUUUUAUUCUUGGCACUAUCAAUUCUAAUGAAAAAGUAAUCCUGGCAAUGUCUGAUUUACUCAAUGAUACCAUGAAUGUAACAAACUUUAUGGGGCAUAUCCUUGGGCUGUCCCAUUCUGUCAUUGAUGCCUUCAUCAAUGCAACUGUCAACAGUAAUGGAACCAACUUCCUCCUUCAGUCUGUGCCUGAUAUAGUGGACACUUUGUGUGCACCAAGCAAACUCUCUGGUGUUAUCAGCCUACCCACUGACUCACUCAUCAGUAUGUCCAACCUGAGCAGCCUUCUGUGUGACUCUAAAAUCAAUUUCACCGCUGAAUACUUACAGAAUGCCUCAAAGUCUGCCAGUGCCAUUAGUAAUCUUCUGAUCAAGCCAGUCAUUCACAUCAGUGAUAUAAUAGAAGAGUUACUUCCCUACCUGACUGAAGCUGUUGUUGAGUUCUCUGACAUUAUCAAACUAGCCACUGCUAUUCUCCCAGAUAUUAGUAUUGAUGUUUUAAAAAACAAUGUUGAGGUCAUAGACAAACUCAUGACCAACAACAGCCUACGAGAACUCUCCCGAAGCCUAGACAAAAUAUUGGAUAUAGUGGCCAAGCUAGUUCCAGCUACUAGAAAGAAUAAUAUGAUUAUGAGUGAUGUUAGAAAAGUUGUACACGGACUCUUGGAGCUUGAUAUUCUCAGAGGAUUUGUCGUGAAUGAAAUUCGAGUCAGGAAUUUGAUAAAGAAUCCAGAGGGUAUGAUUGAUUACCUAAUGGAAAACUUUAAUUUUAGUGACAAUGUGGCACAGGCAAUCCUUGAUGCAGCUUUUUCUUCACGUAUGCUACUGGGGGUGACAGAGAAAAGUCAAUAUUCUUGUAAUGAAGUGCUCAAGAUGCUCAUCAUUAUCAAUGGGACAACAGAGGUGUUGCAAAAUAUCACCAGUGAAAUGUGUGCAUUGAGCUAUGCACAACUUGAGAAACUUAUGGCAGCUAUCACACCUGAAUUGAACAUAGGCUCAUUUAUAGCUAAAUAUGUUGAAAACACUGGGCGGGACAUACUUCGUGCCACCAACAUGACAACAGAGGAGCUAAAUGACAUGGCCAACAAAAUCGAUAAAGGAAUCUCCAACUUGCAACGUGCCUACAGCUUGUUGGAGGAAAAUAAAAGUGGGAAGAUGAUUAUGAGUGAAUUGUCCAAUGCCACAGCCAGUGCUCUAACAAGCAAUGAAAUACUGACCCAGAAUGCCUGUGGAAGAACAGUGGACAACAUCUUUUCAUUCCCCUCAGCCCCAGGCUUUGCAGUUGGUGACCAAGAUGACCUCAUGGAAAAACUUCAUCAAGACAUACAAGAUUCUGAAAAAGAUCUGCCUGGUACAUUUUGUAAAGAUGUUUAUUACACAAUUAGAAGUAUGGAGUUUGGCAGUAUUAUCUGGACAUAUUUAAAACCUAUCAUGAGAGGCAAGAUUUUGUACACACCUGACAAUGAAAUAACUAGAGCUAUUUUGGCAAAGGCUAAUGAUACAUUUGCAGUUAUAGAAGAAGUCAAUAGAAUAGCAAACAUAUGGGCCCAGCAGUCUUCCAAUCUUCAGACUAUGAUGGAUCUAGCUAAUGACACGAAUGAUCUAACGGACGCCUUAAAGAAUGAUUUCAUCAGAGGAAUCAUUGAGGCCACCAGUGGCAUAAAGUCCAAUACACUUCUCUCCAGUCUCUUGGCUGUCCAGAACCAGACAUUCAGCAGUAAAAACAUAGAUACGCUACAAUCAGCAGCUGAAGCCAUAGCUAACUAUACCUCAUGUGUCUUGACCGACAGAUUUCAGCCAGUGGCUGAUGAAGCAGAACUGGUAAAAUCCGCUUACCAGCUGUCACAGACUAAAACUUUCUUUGCAGGCAUCGUAUUCUAUAACGUUAGUGAUAAUGAUGGCAGCCAGAACUCGACAGGCAGAAAUCGCAGGCAAGCCAGUGGUGGUACUAUUCCUAAGCAUAUAAGCUAUAAGAUCAGAAUGGAUGUUGAUAAUGUAAUGGACACAUCUAGACUUAAAGAAUCAAUAUUCUCAAUGAAUGCUGAAGCUAACUUCAUUGAAGAUCUGCGCUACCUGAGAGGCUUCAUAUACAUUCAAGACAUGCUGGACAGAGCUUUCAUAGACAUUCACAAGAAUCAAAGUUUGGAAACACCUGGAAUUGUCAUCAAACAAAUGCCCUUCCCUUGUCAUCAUGCUGAUAGUUUCAUAUUUUUAUUGGGUUCUUACUUUGUGCCCAUCAUGAUGACUUUUGUCUUCUUGAUUCUCAUUGGUGUUGCUACCCACAACCUAGUCUACGACAGAGAGAAUGGACAAGAUGAAAACUUGUAUGUGAUGGGAAUGAUUCGAGGUCUGAGUUUCAUUGCUUGGGCUGUUAGUACACUGGUCAUCAUGGGCAUUGUUUGUAUAAUCAUGGCAAUCAUGCUCAAGUACACCAAUAUCUUCAUCUACAGCAAUGUGCUGAUCAUGUUCCUGAUGCUCCUUGUGUUCUGUUUCAGCUCAAUGAUGCUCUUGUAUAUGGUGUCAGCAUUCUUCACCCGCACCAGUAUGGCAAUCUUAUUUGUAAUUAUGUUUUACCUGAUGGCUUACCUCCCCUACAUCCUCAUCUUGGGCUUAGAGCUCUCCUUGAAAUUCUGGCACAGAAUACUAGCAAGCUUGGCCUCAACCACAGCAUUAUGUUUUGGUACACUGAGGAUCUCUUAUCUUGAAGAGAGUGGAGCUGGUGUCCAGUGGUCCAACAUUGACCAGUCUGUGAAUGACAAUAUCAGUGUAGCCUGGUCUCUGUACAUGAUGCUAAUAGACAGUGCAAUUUACUUCCUUAUUGGCUGGUAUGUUCGUCGUGUCAAACCUGGCAAAUAUGGUGUAGCCCAACCAUUUUAUUUCAUACUGAACCCAUUCUAUUGGACUAGCUGCUUUAGAUGCAGGACAUCAACAGGAGAACAGAGAAGUGACAACCCACAGACUGAAGGUGGACUGUUUGAGAAGCCUCCUAUAGGACUGAAAGUUGGUAUUGCCAUUGAGAAUGUUUGCAAGAAUUACAGCAGUAAAAAGAAAGCCCUCAUCAAUUUGUCCUUGAACAUUUAUGAAAAUCAGAUCACCACACUUCUAGGGCACAAUGGAGCUGCUAAAACAACCACAAUAAAAAUUAUUAGCGGUGUUAUCAAGCCAACAUCUGGUCAUGUUUUCAUCAAUGGUCAUGAGUCUGGCUCAUGUAAUACAUCACUUGGAGUCUGUCCACAGCAUAAUGCUUUGUUUGAUUACAUGUCAGUAGAACAGCACAUGGAGUUUUAUGCAGGAGUUAAAAGUAAUGCUGACAGAGUGGUCAAAUUAGCUGAAAUCAAUAGAUUGUUGAGAGAUGUUGACCUCUGGCAUGCUAGAAAUGUGCCUGUCAAAAAUCUGUCUUAUGGCAUGAAACGUCGUCUCUGUGUUGCUCUGGCCUUUGUAGGAGGCUCCAAGACUAUCAUUUUGGAUGAGCCAACCAGUGGAGUGGAUCCUCAUGCUCGGAAAAACAUCUGGAACUUAAUCACUAGAAACAGACCUGGUCGCACUAUUCUGCUGUCGACUCACCAUCUUGAUGAAGCAGAUUUCCUGAGUGAUAGAAUAGCCGUGAUGCAUCAAGGAAAACUCCUCUGUUGUGGUUCUCCAUCUUUUCUCAAAUGGUCUAUUGGAGGGGGUUACAGCUUAACUGUUGUUAAAAAAGAAGUAGAGAGCUCGGAUGCCUCAAAUGAAACUCAGGAACUUAUUGAUUUGAGAUCAAAGAGUGCCAAUGCUGCUAUUCUUGCUUUCAUUCAGUCUUUGUGCCCAAGUGCUACUUUGGUAGAGCAAGUUGGAUCAGAUUUAACAUUUAACUUAUCCAAAGAUCCCAACAACAUGCGUGUGCCAUUCCACCAGUUUUUUAGACAGUUGGACCAGUCAGUUGAGCAGCUCAACAUUGCCAGUUAUGGAUUGUCUGACACUUCUUUAGAAGAAGUUUUCCUCAAACUGACCCAAGAUGCAGAUGAUGCUGCAGAUACUGAAUCUAUUAUCAAUCCAGUGUUAAGUCACAAAGAUAGAGCUACACCAUCGGACCUCCGUGACGCAGUGGAUUCAGGUCGAUCUCAUUCAUCUGUUGAUUUAACCAAGAGGAAAUCUGGGACCUCCCUAUGGUUCACCCAGGUAUCAGCCCUGCUGAUCAAACGUUUCCACCACUACCGUCGAAACUGGCGAAUCAUCAUAUCUUCAAUCUUCCUGCCACUUCUGUUCCUGUUGGCUGCCCUGGGCUUUGGCUCAGUCAGAGUCAGUGAAGGUGAUCCUAAGGAACUUGUUCUAGAUCCUUCAAUAUAUGGACCGAAGACAUAUUCCUUUAUUCAAGACUGGGCCAAAACCAGCGGGUCAAAUAAUUAUGUAAAUCAGCUAACAUCCAGCGAUGUAGGUUAUGGAACUGCUUGUAUGAAAGACGGACCUCGAGAAUACUUUAAGAACCUGAACUGUGUAGGUAACAAGCCAUGGUACAACUACUCAACAGAAAUUUAUAAUGUGCGGUGCUAUGAUGCUCGUCAGGUUCUCACACCAAUGCCUGAGCCUUACACAAUGGUGGAGAAAAAUGUGCAGGCUGACAACUACAUCCAGGACAUCAGGGACUGGAGUAUAUCUUUCUACUUGAUGAGUACCUUCAAUGAGUACAAACAGAAAAGAUAUGGAGGUUGGUCAUUUGAAAAAGAUUCUGAGACUUCUCAAACUGAUCCCUAUGUUUGGUUCAAUACUAAAGGCUAUCAUGCAAUGCCCUCUUACUACAAUGCUCUGACCAACUCAAUUCUAAGAGCUCAGCUGCCCUCUGGAGAGAACCCUAAUGAAUAUGGUAUAACAGCUGUGACUCAUCCAAUCAGACUAGACCGUGCAGCAUUAAAUGUGAAGACUCUGCAAGGUGAUGCAGCUGAUGCAGGUCUGUCUAUUGUGAUAGUCAUAGCCUUCAGCUUCAUUCCAUGUGGCUUCAUUCUGUAUGUUCUGAAUGAGAAGUUAAUGAAAGAGAAACAGCUGCAGAGCAUUAGUGGCAUUGGAAUAGUCACCUACUGGGUGGUUGCUUUUAUAUGGGACUUGAUUGUCUAUACAUUCACAACUGCAUUGGCUGUGGCUAUUGUAGCAAUAGUCAAAACAGACUCAUUUUAUUUGAGAGAAAACCUGGCUGGAUUUUGUGUCAUUCUGUUGCUCUAUGGGUGGGCAAUACUUCCAUGCCUUUAUUGCUUGAGUCAUUUAUUCAGUAAAGGAAGCACAGCAUAUCUGAUAACUUUCUGCAUCAACUUGUUCCUGGCAAUGGCCACAGUUUUGUCUUUGUUGGUCAUGCAGUUGUACAGAGAUUCAGAUAUUGUUUGGUCAGCUUACAAAGUAUGCAAAUAUCUUUACCUCAUCUUCCCACAAUAUUCACUAGGUGAAGGUCUUAUGGAAAUGGCAUCUAACACAAUUGUGUAUAAACUCUUUUUAAGAUUUAAUGAUGACAAAUAUGAGAGUCCUUUUUCUGCUGAUGUCUUGGGCUGGAAAAUGGUCGCUUUGGCUGCUGAAGGAUUUUUAUUUUUCCUAUUAAAUCUACUUUUAGAAGCAAUAAGAAGUCCAACAGUUAGUUUGCCUCAGAGGAAAACAAAGUUGAAUUACAUACAAGAAACAGAAGAUGAAGAUGUUAUCAGAGAAAGAGAAAGGAUUCAAAGUGGAGCAUCAAAUGAUAUGCUGAUUGUUAACAAUUUGUCCAAGGUGUACAAAAGAAACUGGAAAAAGUUUGUUGCAGUCAAUCACAUCAGUUUUGGUGUUCCUGAGGGAGAAUGUUUUGGUUUACUUGGUGUGAAUGGAGCAGGAAAGACAACCACAUUCAGAAUGUUGACAGGAGAUAGUAUUCCUGCUGGUGGAGAAGUCACUCUCAAAGGGAAAAGAUUAUCCUACAAGGACAGAAGUUUUGGACAAAAUGUUGGCUACUGUCCACAAGAAGGAGGACUUGAUGAAUACUUGACAGCAGAGGAAAUGCUUUGUUUCCAUGCCAGGCUACGUGGUUUUAACUCAAAGCAAUCCAAAGUGAUUGUACAAGAUCUUCUAGAACAACUCAGUCUGACUCAAUACAAAAACAGUGCUGUCCAUACAUACAGUGGUGGUACUAAGCGUAAACUGGCUCUGGCCAUAGCUCUACUAGGCAAUCCACCCAUUGUUUAUUUGGAUGAACCAACUACUGGUAUGGAUGCUGCAACUAGGAGAUUAGCUUGGAAAUGUAUUGCUAGAGCUAACAGAAAUGGUCAGUCAGUUGUGUUGACAUCACACAGCAUGGAUGAAUGUGACUCCUUGUGUUCAACUAUAGCCAUCAUGGUGAAUGGGGAGAUCAAAUGUAUAGGAAGUCCACAGCAUUUAAAACAUAAGUACGGUGAUGGGUACACAGUUGUCAUGCAUGAUGAAGAGAAACACCUCAAAGAUGUUACUCAAGAUUUCAUGAACAGAUUCCCUGGAACAGUCAUAAAGGCCAAGAAUCACAACAGUGUAGAGCUCAGUGUGCCUAAAUCUUCUCGCAGUGUGGCUGACAUCUUGGCCUGUUUACAGUCUGCACAAGAGAAUAAACUCAUUGGCUAUUAUUCAGUGUCACAGACAACUCUUGAUUCAGUCUUCAUCAGUUUUGCUCAAGAGCAGUCAGAUGACUAUCAGGAAGACUCUAGCACCAGAUCCUCAACCACAGAGAGCAAGCGAGCCUCAUUCUCUGACACCGACUCUACAUCCUCUAAUGAGUACACAGCAACACCCAAAAAGGAUGGCAAAUUCAUUUUUAGCAAUCCAAUGUUCCAAAGUGAUGAGGAGCUGGGCAUGUCACCAGCUGAAGAUUAUCAUCAGGGUAACUACGCACGCAACAUUCAGUAUGGUGCUGGCUUUGAGAAUGAAGCAGAUGAAUACAAUACCAAAUUCUAGAAAACUGCUUUAAGUUAACACAUUUAUUAACAUUGCUAUGAAAGCAACAAAUUGAAGUAGCCAAGGAAAUGAAACCUUUGAGUGUAACUUUUCAGUUUCAGUGAAACAUUGUUGCUGUGACUUGUUGAUUGAAAACUGGGACAACCUUUUUGGCAACUGUUUAAUGACCAGUCAGUUCUAUAUAUUUAAAAAAAAAUAUGUGAUGUUGUUUAAUAAUUUUGUUCAUUUAGUUAGUCAUUAGUUUCUAGUAUUACAAAUUAACCUCUUUUUUCCAUAUGAUGUCUAUAAACUAUUUUGUAUAGUGGCAAUUGUAGUAUCUGCAUUUGAUUUAAAGUAUGGUUCAAUCAGAUUUUUUUUUAUUUCAAAUUUUAAUUGAUCAAAAAUGUAUCAAAUUAAUGUAAUAAUCUAUUCACCACUUACAAAUAUUAACAGGGUAAAAAACAAAUUGAUGGAGAGUUUUUUUGUUUUACUGCACACUAUUUUUUUUUUUUGCAAACAAUGUAUUUUAAAUAUCCCCUCCCCUCCCUAAAAUGUUUAAACCAAAGAAAGAAAAUGUAUUUUUGAAAUUGAUUUUUUAAUAUGAAUAGUCAUAGAAAACUAUCAGACGUGUUCAAUGAAGAAUCACACAGAGUUUUUUUGUUUUUUUUUGUUAAACCUUUGUCACAUUUUUUCAAUAAGACUUGUUUAACACUGUUAGUGAAAUAAUUGUUGAAUUAAUUUUUAUUUUAUUACAAAUUAAUAAUUUAAUAGCAAUAUCUAAAGUUAUUUAGUUAUUUGUUCCUGUGGUUAGGGUUAGGGUUUUCUCAAUGUCAUCUUGACCCAGUCCACUUUCUCAUACUGACACCACCACAAUGUUCUUUACCAUGGUGAAUUUGACUUAAUGUUAUUAUCAGCAACUUUCAUUUUAAAAAAUAAAGCCCUUAUUAAAAUUGAUAAAAACUUUACUGACAUUCCUUCAAAGAUUUUUUUUCUCAUCAGGAGAAGCUAGUUUCCAUUAUGUGAAAGAUAAUUUUGACUUGAUUCUUGAUUUCAAGGUCUGUCACAUGACAUUUGUUAUCUUAACUUUGAUGUUGAUCAUCAUUGCUAUUAGAUCAUGUUAUAUAUAAACCAAUAUGUGAUGCUCUCAAGUUUUUGUGCCAUGCCUUUUUAUGUUUAUAUCUCUUGUUUUAUUUCUCGCUGUGGAGCCAGGGUUUGGAAAUCUAAUGGGCUACACAUUUUCAACAUUGUUGUUUUGUUUUAGUCAUUAGUUUUGUCAUUCUAUACCUUAGAAAGUCAUUUUUUUUUUAGAAUAAAACUUUUCUGUAGGCUAUUACUUUUUUAGAAAUGAAGAUACUAAUAAAGAAAUCAUAAUUUAAGAUUUUAAAAAAGCAUAUGUUGUAGUAAACAGUUUGCAUUAAUUUUCAAUAAUUAAAGCGGGUGUAUAUUUUUAUUAAAUCUUGCAUGUUUUAUCUAGAUUAGGUUUUUUUAAAAAAACAUGAAUUUUCCUUCCUUUGAGUGUUUGAGCUGAGCAUUGUGCAUGCAUAGCUUCAUUCUACUACAAAUGUGUUAUUUUUUUUUUUUUUUAGUUUUUGUUGUACAAAAUCAAUGCAAAAAAAAAAAAUAUUUCCAUUUGUGCCUUUCAUAUUUAAGUAGAUUAUGUGAUGUUAUAUAUUUUUACACAUAUGUAUUUUUAAUCGUGUUUAUAUGCAAUCAAAAAACUGUUAUUUGUGUUCUUUAAAUUUAUUGAUCUACAAUUUUAUUAUCAGAAAGAAAUCUAUCAUUGUUUCCAUUUUGUGAUUAUUUAUACAAUAAAUAUUUCGUGAAUGCA